AUGAAUAAGUUAUUAAACUGGUCUCUAGCCCAAGAAUCGGGUGAUCAAGAAGCUAUCAGCAAAGUCGGACAACCAGAUGCAAAGAUGUUACAACAAUUAUUUGGUGGAGUCGAUGAUCCAUCUUUAAUGAAACAAGCUAUAAUCAUUAUUGAAAAUGAAGAAGCAACUUUAGAAAAUAAAGAAAUUGCCUUUGAUAAUUUCGAGAUGCUUAUCGAAAACUUGGAUAAUGCCAAUAAUAUCGAAAAUUUAAAACUAUGGCCUGCAAUUAUAAAUCAACUUUCAUCAGAUGCUCCUCCAUCUUUAAGAGUAUAUGCUGCAUCUGUCAUUGCUGUUGCCGUUCAAAAUAAUCCAAAUUGUCAAGAAGCUUUCAAUAAAACUGAUGGUUUAGAAAAGUUAAUCAAAAUCGCCUUAGAUAAGGAAUCUUCUAAAGAAUUAUUAUUAAAAUCAUUAUUAGCUAUAUCUUGUGCCAUAAGGAGUUUUGAAAAAGGUUACCUUCAAUUUAAUAAUUUAAAUGGAUGGGAAAUCAUUCAAAAUAUAAAUAAUGAACCAUUACAAAAUCAUAAAGUUAAAUUAAGAUUAUUAUCAGUGAUAUCAUCAGUAUUAUCAAAUGGUUUAACUAAAGAAACUCAAUCUCAAUUACGUGAACAUGACUUGAUAAAAUUCUUAGUAUCAAUCUUAGAUAAAGAUGGUCAUGCAGGUUGUAUAGAUAAAGCUUUGAAUAUCGUAUCCCAAUUAGCCGGUGAAGGAUUUGAAUUCACUUCUACUGAAAUUGCUGAUUUAUCUCAAGGUUUAGAAAAUGUUCAUCAUUUAAAGGAUACUUUAUCUGUUGAUGAUUACGAUGCUGCUAAGAAAGUUUUAAAUUAA